UGCCAACAAAGCCAACACCACCCCAUAUACCAACACUAUUUUUUUGCCUCGUAGCCUAUAGUAACCAUUCCUGUUUCUGUCUCUUCCUUCAAUUCCACUCUAAACUUCUUUUUCCUGUUCAUUGACAAGGCAAUGCAAGAUCAAAUGGGGAGGCUCAUGGUUCUUCCAUUCUCUGCUGGCUGCGUCUCGCAAUCGAGCAAUGCAGUAACUGGAAACCAAGCAAAACAAGCCCAGACAACAUCAAACCCAGCACCAGCAAGUGGAGGAGGAGAGAGUUCAUCUAGUGGGAAGAUGAAGAGCUCUCUUGGGCUUCUCUCUUUUCCGAGGCGCAACAUCUCUGCGGGCCUUCAGAGGCUGAUCAAGAGCUUCAAAAGCUUGUCUCAGAUGUUUGCAGUGUACAAGGAGGAAGGUGAAGAGAUGGAGAUGGAGAUGGAGAUUGGGUUCCCAACAGAUGUGCAGCAUGUGGCUCACAUAGGGUGGGAUGGGUCUAACAGUGUUUCAAGCAUCAAAAGCUGGGAUGGUGCACCAGAGUUGCUCUCCCUCCCCUCUCUUUCUCUUAGGCAGUCUGAGCCUGCCAUGUCUGCUCAGGAUGAUGGACCUCUAGGCAAUGGUGCUCUUAGGUUCCCAUGAGCAUGGUGAGUUGUGGCUAAUGGUCUUCUUGCUGUGUUUGCUGUUGCAUCAUGCCACUAAAAUGAUAUUAAAGUCUUCAACACCUUGGGUAUUUGCAUGGGUGGUGUAAGUGCAACAUGAAGUGUGUGGAUUCAUGUCAAAUGAUUUCUAAAUAAAAAAGAGAUCUGAGGUUGAGAGUCUGA